CAUUUUUCAGGAUUAGAAGAGGCUGUGUAUAGAAAUAUACAAGCUUGCAAGGAGCUUUCUCAGACUACCCGUACAGCAUAUGGACCAAAUGGAAUGAAUAAAAUGGUCAUCAAUCGCCUGGAGAAGUUGUUUGUGACAAAUGACGCAGCAACUAUUUUAAGAGAGCUGGAAGUAAGUUUUUUCCAAAACCAUCAAAAAAAUUCUAACAUAGACAAAGCACUACUUCACUUAGUUUAUAAAGAACUGCUUCUUCCUCAAGCUUAUUGUGAAGACUUAUGCCGAUUCUCAGAAGUUCCUCAGCGAGCUCCAAAAGAGCUCCAGCAAACACCAGAACAAAGUUUGUGCCAUCGCCAACCUCUUGUUCUUGCAUAUGAGAGGCCAUCACGAUCAUUUUUGCAGCAGGAUGUUGUACCUGAUAGGCUGAACUCAAAGUGGGAUCUCAGAAGACUCUGUAAAACUGUUGGUGCCACAGCUCUUCCUAGAUUGACUCCUCCUGUCCUUGAAGAAAUGGGACAUUGUGAUAGUGUUUACCUCUCAGAAGUUGGAGACACACAGGUGGUUGUUUUUAAGCAUGAAAAAGAAGAUGGUGCCAUUUCUACUAUAGUUCUUCGAGGUUCUACAGAUAAUCUGAUGGAUGAUAUAGAAAGGGCGGUCGAUGAUGGAGUUAACACUUUCAAAGUUCUCACAAGGGAUAAGCGUCUUGUCCCUGGAGGUGGAGCAACAGAAAUUGAAUUGGCCAAACAGAUCACAUCAUAUGGAGAGACGUGUCCUGGACUUGAACAGUAUGCUAUUAAGAAGUUUGCUGAGGCAUUUGAAGCUAUUCCACGGGCACUGGCAGAGAAUUCUGGUGUGAAGGCCAAUGAAGUUAUCUCUAAACUUUAUGCAGUGCACCAAGAAGGAAACAAAAAUGUGGGGUUGGAUAUUGAGGCUGAAGUUCCGGCUGUAAAGGACAUGUUAGAAGCCAGUAUCUUAGAUACAUACUUGGGAAAAUACUGGGCUAUUAAAUUAGCCACUAAUGCUGCAGUCACUGUACUUAGAGUGGAUCAGAUCAUCAUGGCAAAACCAGCUGGUGGGCCCAAACCUCCAAGUGGGAAGAAAGACUGGGAUGAUGACCAAAAUGACUGAAGAACUUUUUGUUGUAGGUGAAGAGUUUGUUUGUAGAGCAGAACUUCCCUGAUCUUUUCUUAUUCUCCUUAAGUUAAGAAGUAUUUGUGUUCAUACUCUGCUGAGUAGUAAAAUAAACGUGUUACUGUUACACCUGUCUGAUCAAUUGCUGCUUAUGUCAGCCUUUUUAAACACAUAAGCUAUAAGCAGGGCAAGUCACUUACAUGACUCUUCUUUUUGUUUACCUAGCCUGCUUCUGAAAAUAAAUUUCUAUAACCAUCAUA